AUGGUAUCUCACGCACCGAUAAUCGACUUCUUCGCAUGGCCCAAUCUCCGCGACCACCUCAUUGUCUCAGGGAUAACACACAUAUCUGAAACAACAGCGGCCCUGUACGUCUCGCAGAUCCGACUCAAAUGGCCCUAUGAGCUGCGCGACGUUUGCAAGUACAAUGUGGCUGAGGACCGAUACCGAUUCUCGAGCGAGUUCGACGCUGUAUACUAUGAUGUCCGGAAUUGGACAAUUGACUCGCCGCAACUGCAAAUUCUGAUUGAGAGUGGGCCGGAUGUGGCCGGAUUUGAUUUUGGGAAUAUCAAUGGGGUAGGGGCUGGCGCUGGUGCUACCAUUGGCAGCGCUCAGGGGGGUGGAUUGGGUGUUGGGGAGGAUGGAGAUCGCGGUGGCAGUGGCGAUGGUAAAGGAUUUGCCGAUGAUGUCGAUUCAGCUUAUUGGGAUCGGUUCUUGGGUGGGUGUGAUCAGAUGUAAGAUACCCUAUCUAUCGUAGGAACAGGGGUGAACAUGCGGCCAAGCAGGUACUAGGCCGCCUCCGUUCCCA